AUAGUAUAAACAUGGACACCCUAUGUCGUAAUCCUUGUGAUAUUUUAAUAUGUUGUUGUUGUUAAUCCUAACCAUUGUUCAGUUGAGUUGUUAUUAUUCGACCGAUGUGUACAGUUGUUUCUCUCUGACUAAGAUCUUUUUGUGAUAAAACAAGAAUAUAACAUUGGCGACGAGGAGAAAAUUUCGUUUCUCAUGUUGUGUUACAAUUUCUUCAAGUAGUCAUGUCUCAACUUCCAUCUGUUUCGAUCAAACCAGUAGCAGAAUUUCGUCCUCAUGCGGAAGUGGGAGCAAGCCUUGCCACCCGUUGGAACGACUGGCUGGAUGAUUUCGAAAUGUUUUUGGUAGCUAGUGGAAUUACUGAUAACACACGUAAACGCGCAUUGCUGUUGUAUCAAGCAGGACCGAGAGUCAGGGAAAUUUUUAAGAAUUUAACCGAUGUUGGUGAAGCAGAUGACUUCGACUCUGCGAAGGCUAAACUAACCGAGUAUUUUGAACCUCAAAAGAAUCGGCGGUAUGAAGUUUAUAGAUUUAGACAAGCAACUCAAGCACAACAAGAAACUCUUGAUCAGUUUCAUACCCGUCUAAGAACUAUGGCUCACAUGUGUGAAUUUCACGAUGCCGAAUUUGAAAUAGAAGAGCAAAUCAUCAUAGGAGGGACGUCAUCAAAAAUUCGGAAAAGGGCACUGCGAGACCCCAACUUUGAUUUAAAGGCCAUGCUGUUAGAAGGUCGCAGGGACGAACAAAGUACACUACAAGUCAAGGAGAUUGAAUCUAAGGAUAAAAAUUUUGCUGAAGCUAAUAAGCUCACAACACGCCAUACACAGGGCUCAUUAAAGUGUUUUAACUGUGGAGGAUCAUAUCCACACACAGGGACUUGCCCUGCAAAGGGUAGAGAGUGUAAAAUUUGCAAAAAACAAGGCCAUUUUGCAAAUGUUUGUCGUGAGAAAACUUCAGGCAACAAAUUUCGGCAACAAAGGGGCCCUCGCAACCAAAACAGAAAACCAAAGACCGUGCAUUCUUUGGACAAUACAUCUUUUGAAAAUAUGCCAUCAUCAGAUGAGGAUUAUUUGUAUGCUGUCAAUAACGGAAAUUCCAAAAGCCCUAAAGUCGCUGUCACGGUUUGCGACACAGUUUUUCAGAUGACAAUUGACACUGGCGCCGCGAUUAAUGUUAUUGAUCAAAACACCUUUUCACGUAUGAAAGAUGUUAAUUUGCAGAAAACAAAUAUGAAAGCUUUUCCAUACAGCAGUUCAAAGCCUGUUCAUUUGAAAGGACAAUUCAAUGCUGUCAUAGAAACAAAGAACCGUCUCACUCUUGCUACGUUUUAUGUUAUGAAUGACUCAAGUAGCGGAAAUCUUUUAUCAUCGUCUACAGCAAUGGAUCUUGGCCUAAUAAGCCUUCAUUUGAAUACAUUAUCAAGAAACGACACUCAGAUUGAUGCCAUACUCAAUAAAUACCCGGAAGUGUUUGAUGGACUUGGUAAGCUGAAAGAUGACACUGUUACUUUAAGUAUUGAUCACAGUCAGACGCCCAAAAUUCAGCCUCAGAGACGUAUUCCUUAUCAUAUGCGUCAAAAGGUAAAAGAAGCUCUUAAAAAGUUGGAAAAGGAAGAUAUUAUCGAGCGUGUACCAGCCGAUAAAGGGACACCUUGGGUUUCUCCUAUAGUCAUUGUGCCAAAAAAGGAUGGGGCGGUCAGAAUAUGUGUUGAUAUGCGCGUCGCUAAUAACGCAAUUAACCGCAUACGUCACCCUAUUCCUACAGUAGAUGAUGUGAGCUGUGCACUCAAUGGUGCGAAGUUUUUCUCAAAACUAGAUCUCAGCCAAGCUUAUCAUCAACUAGAACUGAGUGAAGAAAGUCGUAACAUUACUACUUUUUCAACUCAGGUUGGUUUAUUUCGUUAUAAACGUUUGAACUAUGAUACAAACGCAUCUGCUGAAAUAUUUCAGUAUACCUUACAGAAAGCAUUGCAAGGUUUGAAUGGAGUUCAAAAUAUCGCUGAUGAUAUUGUUGUAUAUGGAGCUACACGCGAAGAACAUGACGCUAAUUUAGACAAAUGUCUGGAACGUUUGAAGAAUAAAGGACUUACUUUGAACAAAAGCAAGUGCAAGUUUCUAAGUGAAACUUUGGAUUUUUUCGGUCAAAUCUUUUCAAAAGAUGGAACACGCCCUGAUCCUAAGCGUGUGAAUGACUUGCUCAAUGCAGCAGUUCCGAAAAAUGCUCAUGAUGUAAGAAGCCUACUUGGUACGGCGAACUAUAGCAGUAAGUACAUACCAAACUUUGCCACUAUUACUGCUCCUCUCCGAGAGUUAACUAAGAAAAAUGCUCAUUUUUCUUGGAACACUGAACACCAGGCUGCUUUUACAAAGCUUACUACAGCCUUAUCGUCUGCUCCUUGUAUGUCAUAUUUUGACAAAAAUAAAGAAUCCUACGUACUGGUAGAUGCAAGUCCAGUGGGACUAUCAGCUAUAUUGUCUCAAAAGACAACAGGACAGGAGGAUCAAACAGUUAUUGCAUAUGCGAGUAGAGCUUUAACGGAUGUAGAGACAAGAUACUCGCAGACAGAGAAAGAAGCAUUGGCUAUCGUAUGGUCAGUGGAACAUUUUCAUCUAUAUCUAUAUGGACAUCCUUUUACGUUAAUUACAGAUCACAAACCGUUAGAAGUGAUCUACGGCAAUCGCAACUCUAAGCCCUCUGCACGCAUUGAGCGUUGGGUUUUGCGUUUGCAACCAUAUUCAUUCAAUGUCAUAUAUAAGCCAGGCAUUGAUAAUCCAGCUGAUUAUUUGUCAAGGCAUCCCGCUCCUAACAGUGGUAAAAAGCAACAAAUUAUGACUGAAGAAUAUGUGAAUUUCAUAACUGAACACAGCGUACCUAAAGCUAUGACAUUAAAAGAAAUUGCAGAUGCAACUUCUGAAGAUCAUGCUCUUAAAGGUCUUCGAGCCGCGAUACGAUUGAACCAAUGGAGUUCAAUUGCAAAGUCUUUUAGCAGUUGUAAAGAUGAAUAUACAAUUGGAAAAGGCAACAUUAUCCUUCGAGGGACAAGGAUCGUCAUUCCAAAUUCACUACAGCAAAAAGCAAUCGACUUGGCUCAUGAGAGUCAUCAAGGUUUGUCGAAAACCAAAGCUCUUCUUAGAGAGAAAGUCUGGUUUCCAGCUAUAGAUGAAAUGGUAAAAAAGACUAUAGAUUCAUGCAUAGCAUGUCAAGCGGUUGGUCAAGCAGCACCACCAGAGCCUAUUCAACCUUCAGACAUGCCAUCUGGGCCAUGGGAGAAGUUACAUAUCGACUUUUGUGGACCAUUACCAUCCAAUGAAUACUUAUUGGUUGUCGUCGAUAGGUACUCGCGUUACCCAGAGGUUGAAGUAGUUAAAUCGACAAAAGCUUCAUGUGUAAUACCGAAACUUGACAAAAUGUUCGCUACACACGGCAUUCCCGUUGCAAUAAAAACCGAUAAUGGACCACCAUUUUCAAGUGAGGAGUUGCGUCGAUAUUGUGAUGCAUUGAAUAUCAAACAUGAAUUCUCAACUCCAUAUUGGCCUCAAGCCAACGGCGAGGUUGAACGCUUCAAUCAGCCACUUGAAAAAGCCUUACAGACAGCUGCCAUUGAAGGAAAAGUUUGGCGUCAAGAGCUGCAAAGGUUUUUACUCCAAUAUCGUUCAACGCCGCAUUGCACAACAAAAGUUGCUCCAAGCCAAUUGCUAUUUAACAGGAAAGUUCGUGGGAAAAUACCAGAAAUUACUGGCAGAAUUGUGAUUAAUAAACACAAAGAGGCUCGCGAAAAUGAAAUUAAGAGUCAGAACUAUCACACGAAAUACGCAAAUCAACGUAGAAAUGCAAAAGAAAGCUCUAUAGCAGUUGGUGAUACAGUUCUAGUUAAACAACAACGCCGCAACAAGAUCACAUCUCGUUUUAAUAAGACACCGUACUUGGUUGUUGAAAGGAAAGGAACACAAGUAACUGCAGAAAACAGCCAAAAACACCGAGUCACGAGAAAUGUAUCUCACUUCAAGCGAUUCAAUAAUUCUGUAAUUCGCACAGAAGAGUCGGAAACAGAUAGUGAUGUUGGUAAUGAAGUAGCAGAACAACGUACUUCUCAAGAACACAGAAAUAAACAGACAGAAACUGGAACUGGAGUUAUUGGUCCAGGAAAUCGUCGUUCUCAAAGAUUAAGAAGACCACCAGAAAGAUUUGGCGAAGCUAUGCCAUCGAACAUUAUAACAUGAACAAAUAACUUCUCAAAAGGGGAAGUGAUGUAAUAUAGUAUAAACAUGGACACCCUAUGUCGUAAUCCUUGUGAUAUUUUAAUAUGUUGUUGUUGUUAAUCCUAACCAUUGUUCAGUUGAGUUGUUAUUAUUCGACCGAUGUGUACAGUUGUUUCUC